UUUAAUCAUGCGUCUCAUUCUUCUGAGUGUUGUGGUGCUGCUCCUACUGGUGGAAUGGGGUACUGCAAACAGAAUGCUGUCCAGGAGAACCAAGAGAGAACUUGCCAGUCCGCUUCAUGUCGGUGGCAUCAGGGACCCGUAUGGCUCCUACUGCCAGAGGAGAGGAGGGUGCUGCCCCGGGAGAGACGACCUGUGCACCGUGCCCUACCUGGACACCAUCUGCUACUGCGACUUGUUCUGCAACCGCACCGUCUCUGACUGCUGCCCUGACUUCUGGGGUCACUGCAUGGGCAUUCCUCCACCUUUCAUUGGCGCCUGUGAAAGAAAUGGGAACAGGUUCCUCACAGGGCAAACCUACAAAGAGAACUGCAAUCUGUGUACCUGUGGCGCUGGGGGACGCUGGGAGUGCGAGCAGAACGCUUGUCUCAUUGAGCCUGACGUCAUCCAUGCUGUCAACAGAGGCAACUAUGGGUGGAAGGCAGCCAACUACAGUCAGUUUUACGGCCUGACUUUGGAUGAAGGAAUCCGCUACCGUCUGGGCACACAGAGACCUUCCAGCAUCAUCAUGAACAUGAAUGAGAUUCAGAUGAACAUGGACCCUCAAAAUGACCGCCUGCCGCUCCACUUCAACUCAGCAGAGAAGUGGCCAGGGAAGAUUCAUGAACCGCUGGAUCAGGGCAACUGUGCUGCUUCCUGGGCUUUUUCAACUGCAGCUGUAGCAUCAGACCGAAUCUCCAUCCAGUCCAUGGGUCAUAUGACCCCUCAGCUGUCCCCACAAAAUCUUAUCUCCUGUGACACCCGCAACCAGGGAGGCUGUGCUGGAGGGCGCAUAGAUGGAGCCUGGUGGUAUCUGCGGCGUCGGGGGGUUGUGACGGAGGACUGUUACCCGUACGCGCCGCCGCAGCAGACGCCUGCAGAGGUGGCUCGCUGCAUGAUGCAGAGUCGAUCGGUUGGUCGAGGGAAGAGGCAGGCCACGCAGCGCUGCCCCAACACGCACACCUACCAAAACGACAUCUACCAGUCCACCCCACCUUACAGGCUCUCGUCUAACGAAAAGGAGAUUAUGAAGGAAAUCAUGGAUAAUGGCCCUGUGCAAGCUAUUAUGGACGUCCACGAGGACUUCUUUGUCUAUAAGAGUGGGAUCUACAAACACACCGAUGUCAGCUUUGCCAAAGCGCCACAUUAUCGCAAACACGGCACACACUCUGUCAGGAUCAUUGGGUGGGGAGAAGAUAGAGACUUUAACGGAUCACCACAAAAAUAUUGGAUUGCUGCCAACUCCUGGGGAAAGAACUGGGGCGAGAAGGGCUACUUUCGCAUCGCUCGCGGGGAAAACGAGUGCGAGAUCGAGGCCUUCGUGAUCGGCGUGUGGGGCCGGAUCACCAUGGAGGACAUGCACAAUCAUCAGCACCACCAUCGCCGCAGACACAUCUAAAGACACUGCAGACUUUCACAUGCCACCAUGGUGACUUAAACUUUUGUUCAACACAAAGAAGGACCAUCCUUUCACCAAAAAGCCGACUGGGAUGACCACUUUCAUUUUUUUACUUUACUUUUUUUUCUGGAAAACUGUGCAAAUCAGCUUUUUCUUUCUUCAUUCCCAUUUUAAACAGCGCAACCUCCCCCACUGUUCCCAGCUUUAUGGCAUCAACAAACCAAUGAAAAACUAAAAAGCUAAAGUGCCUUUGUUUUGCUUGCAUUCAAGCACCUCAGGUACCUUCUGCUCCAAAGACCACACAUCCCAGAAUCCUCAGAAUGACAUCCGACGUCGUGGACGAUAACAGCAGGCGCCCAAUCGGAUCCCUUUAUUUUUUCAAUCUUUUCUGCUUUAAACCUCUUAUCCAGAGGGACCCGAUACCAGAGGAGUGGCCCUGAAAAGAGGAAAUCUGAGAGGCAGAUUAUCCGACACCAGAGCCGUUCAACACGACACACCCUGCUGAACGAUGAAACCUGAUAACAUAUCAUAGACGACCUUACUGAUACCUAUCUGACAGCUAUACAGAGGCAAGGUUUUACCCUUUCCACAAACUAUAAGAACACUUGUAAAGAGUUUUAACACAUUCCAGUUAAAACCGUGACACUGGAGUAGAUUAUCGGAUUAGAAAGAAUCAAACUCGUCCUGUAAUUUCUGAUCCCUGAAAAAUUGUUUGACUGGUUCAAAAGAUCUGAAUGCCUUGUAGUGACUUUUUGAAAUGAUGAUCUAUUGAAGGGUUGUAAAUAAUUAAUAUCUUACCUGCUGUAGAUAACUCUUUGAAUGAUCUUUAGAGAAAUAGAGCCCAUUUCUAACUGGAUUUACUCAUUAAUGACUUGCCUGAGUUUGGAUCGCUGCCUUUUUAACAACUCUAGUCUCAAAAAUGUCAUAGUUCAUGCGAACUCAACUUAAUUUCUACAAAUACAUGUUUGUUAAUAAGUUGUCUGAAACGGGUAAGAUAUUAACUGUUCAUAAACUUUCCAGAUAACACCACCAUAAAAGAUCUGAACUACUAUUUUAAAGAAACGUGGCAAAAUUUAAUGUGUACAUAUGUCUUAAUUUCCUGUGUGUGCACUGUUACAGUUUGAGCUGAAGAUGUUUUUAUUUGUUGCAGUUAUAUUUUAAAAUUAUAUUUUACUAUGUGCUUUUAGAUGUGCUAUAUUUAGAGACCUUCAUGUCCCGCUCAUCAUCACCAUCCUGUUGCUUUUUGUUUAGUUUUAGAUCAGCAGGAAUGAUCAGAUCCAGCUGCUAUAAUCCAGUCUGUGCUGCAGUACUUGCCUUUAUGUCUCUGUAAUGUUAAAAAAAAGUCAUACCACUUUUAAACAACACAGGUUUUAAGUCAAACAUUUAAUUUUUAACAUGUGUCUCAAUGCUCUGGGCAGAUGUUUGUAACCGUACUACUGGUUUCAACUAAGUCUGACAUAAAAAGAAAAGCUCGGUGGGUUUUUACUUUAUGCUUCAGAUUACAUCCUGGCCUGCCUCAGCCACGACUUCAAAAGGAAAUGUCCUUUUUAUUCGCUCUCUCUCAUCAUGUCUUGUGAUCUCUCGAGAUCUCUCCUUCGCUUCCUUCAGGCGUGAAUAGGCAGAAAGUUACAAAGCAAAGAGAAAAUACCUGAAUGAACAAGCAAUGUACAACAACGUGGUGCAGGAGAGCUGGAGAUUACUGAAGCACGCACUCCAGCUGCAGCUUUGGUUUCAUUUUGAAGGAGGAAAAGGCAGAUCAAACGCAAGAAUCAAACAGGAAAAUGUGAAAAUGACGGAAGCAAACGUCAGACUGUCUUUCUGCAUUCAUAAUUUAAUCUGUGAACAGAGUGCUACCAGUCUGUUAGCAGGUUUCAGUGUGAAAUGAUGUGAAAAUCUCUUGAAGAAAGCAGAUGGAUUCAUUGUUUUAUUGUUGUUGAUCAGAAAACCCCUGAAAGCACACGUUUUCUUGACUUAAGGCAAAGGAUAUUUAUUAAUAUGAUUAAAAAUUAAUUCCCCUCAGGAAUAAAUAAAGCAUUAAUUCAGUUAUUCAUUCACUAAAAUGUUAUUAGCUUUGACUUAAAGAGGACUGAGCAUUAAAAAUAUUAAAUGCAAAAUAAUGUAUUUAUUUUAUGAUCAAUAUAAACAAUCAAAUGGAUUUUUUUCCUACAUUUUCAUUCAACAUCUUCAUUAGAAACCUCCGCUAAGCUUCAACAAAGCUCCAUCUAAAAGUUGUAUAUUUAGUGUCAUGAACCACUUGAUGCGUUGUAGGCUUUAUUUAUGAAAAUACAUUUAAUUUAUGUACUUUUGUUCUUCUUUGUUGUCCAGUGCAAUGUUUCAUCAUCUAUCUCUUCUGUGUGCACUAAACACAAUACCAGAUUAGUGUUCACUUUAUUCAAUAAAUGUUGUUUUUUUUCCCCCUCCCAAAACCACAA